AUGGACAGAAACACAACAUCCAGUGAGGGACCACCGCCGAGGUACACGACUUGCAAGUCAUUCGAAAUGUCUCGCCAACCUCUUCAACAUGCACGACGACCAGUUUACAUCCUAAUUGUAUACUUACUUCUCCUACUUGGACCCUGGAUAUGCAUCUGCGUCGUCAACCAGCGAACAACGUCCGAUCCCUGGGGCAUCCUCAUGCGGGAUGAUUUCGACAAGUUCAGCCGAUGGAUGCGCGUGGCGCCGUUUCUGAGUGCAGUGACGGCUGUCAUUGCGCUGCCAUGCGUUGCGGCUCUUCUGGCCCACGGUGCAGUGGUGUUCUCUCAACGACGAUCUCAUCGGCAAGCCCUCAGCCUCCGACAACUGUUCGCUCUUUCCGACAUCCAAUGGACGGCGGUUUUCUCCAAAGGACAGACAUCAUCUUACCUGAUGAUGGCUACUGGAUUGCUCCUCCUGGUUGCGGCACAGUUGCCUCUUCAAUCACUGCUGAUGCCGAUGUCCGCUCGUAUGGUUUACCCGUGCGACAGCUCUCGCCAUCUGACCAAAUGGGAUCGCACGUGUGAUGGCGAAAGGUAUCGGGCAGAAAGGGUCGGCAUGGAGCCUGAGCCGGCUUUACUGAGGGUUUCCACCGACUUCCCCAACAUCAUCAGUCCAGUGAGAUCCAAGCUGGCCAGCAUCACGUCAGCUGACGUCCAGGAGAAUCUGUGGCGCGACGGGAACACUGACAGAAGCUUUGUGACUGGUUCAGACCACAAGUACAACGACGCUUUCUGGGUUUCAUCUGUGCCCGCAGGUACGACAACGGGACCGCUCAGGCAACACUCGAUGAGAUUUAACUCAACUGCCGACUGCCAAGUUGCGACUCGUGAAGACGUUCCUUCGGACUGUGUCGGCUACUCAACCACUCUCGAAGGGUUCGGCGUCGCCAUUAAGGUCUGCAUGCCUGAUGACUCCAAGAACCCCGAAGUUGAGAGAGCGCUGCUUCCCCCGCGUCGACGUCAAGACAUUGACGAAGUCGUUUUCAUCGAUGCGCAAAUCAGCCUUGAGGCAUCGCAGGCCUCUGAUUUCGUCUCAGACCCAGCGGAGAAUGUCACCCUGAAGUGCACGGCCAAAACAACCCGUGCAUUUUUCGAGCUUGGUAACUUCUACACCAAUCUCAACCAGUCAGGCAUUGUCGACGAGUGGCCCUCGGACGAGGUGAUGAAGGCCCAGUACCACGAUUACGAUUGGGCGGGUAACCUCAUCACCAGCGAGUCGGAUCAAGAGUGGGAUCGCGACAUAUUCGGGGGAUGGACUUCGUCUCAGGGCCCGCUGAGGACAACUGUAGAGGCCCUCUUCGGCGCCGAAUCGUACCCACAAGCCGUACUCGUCUUGCUCAGCCAAACUUUUCCCGAUGGCCUAAUGCCUGGCAACCUCACUUUGACUGACGACUCAGUCCGCGAUGCUACGAAGAAGGGUUGCGCCUUGCCCGCACCUCUCCAUGGCUGGCAAAUGCCUUACAACUCCAAAAACGACGAAUUCGACACAUGGUACCCUUCAAUCUAUAACGGAUGCACUCUAAAGAAGCUUCCCAAGUCGCUGUUCAGGAUCGCGCAGGGCCUGCGUCAUUUGACUGUGGCCCAAAGCACUCUCGGGGUCGGUAUGUACCUGUCGAAUGCUGCCGUUCUACAGGAUGCAGCUUCAAACGAUGCGGCAAGGACAAUCUACAACCUCACCGGCACGGCUUUCGUUGCACCAAAAUACAGCCUCGAGGCCACAGUCAUGCUCAGUGCGCUCAUUGCCCUCCAAGCAAUCUGUCUCGCCCUGCUCGUCUGGUACAUCUGCACCCUGCCUACAUGGACGAACACGCUCGAUUCGUUUGCGAUGUUCAGAGUGGGCUCGCACCUGAAGGACUCUGUCAACCUGCCUCCUGUGGGGCGUGUCGACAAGGACGAUAUGCACAAGUUCAACGAAAUCGAUGGUUUAGUCGGAGUCGUCCCUGGGCCGGGCAUCACGAUGGACGACGAUCUCGAGAUGGCGACCAUGACAUCGUCCAAUCAUCUGAUCCGAAGUGCAUCUUCGGCGCAGCAGUAUGAGAUAAUCAGACCCUCAUCGCCGGCCAGCUCAGUCAGUUCAGCCUCGUCCGUGGAUAUGCCAGCCGUGCCGCCACAAGCGCGCCAGGUCCCUGAUGGAACUUACCCGGGUGGCGUACCCGGGAUGUCGGCCGCUGACUUGAGCUCCUACCUUCAGGGAGGAGGUCUUGCCGCGCCAGUGUCCCCAGUCUCAUCCGUGGCGUCGUCUGUGAGGAGUGCGUCCCCGCCGCCGCCGUAUCUGCCGACGAACUCGCCGAACAGGGAGCAACGUACGAGGCUGCCGUAUGAACUUGGCUUAGGAGCCCCGGGACUGAUCACGAAAGCACUGUGGAGCAGGAACCAGCCGAAAUAG